AUGGCAUCCUCUCGCCACGUGAGCUUUGGCGCGGCCAUCGAGUAUUUCUUCACCGUCGGCUUCAACGGCAGCGCGCUGCCGCACGACGCUACGCCGGGUGUCGGCCUCAACGGUCCGCCCAUCGCGAGGCGCCAGACCGACCUUUCGACAACAUCAGUCGACGUCGUCCACGCGGUGCUGCGCUACUCGGCCAAGGACCGCCUCUUCUUUUUGAAGCGCGCGGGCUUCACCAAGGACGACGUGACGCAGCUGAGUCUACGCCAGCGACAGCUCCGCAUGGACCUUCUGCAUUCGGUCGCCGACGCACAGAAAGAGGCACGGAUCCGCAAGCGACGCGCCGAGAGCUGUAAAGCGCUGUUGAAAUGCAGACGUCUUGCCCUCUAA